GCUGUCUGUAACUUCCAUACUUCCCCACUCUACCCCUCACUGUCAAACCAAACCCCUCGAGUCUUUGCUAUCUCUUCUCCUCCAUUUUUCAAUUACCCUUUUCCAUCACCUCUUCCCCCAGAAGAAGGUCAACACCUCUCCAACCUAAUACGCGUGUGUGUGUGUGUUUGUGUGUGCCGUCUGACUUUCUUAAUCUUGUUCCCAACUGUCGUUUGAGAGAAAGUGUAUUUGCAUCAGUGUGUAUCUGGGGUGGAUAAAAUAUUGCUCCUGCCAGGUUGUUGCUUUGCCAGAUUUUCUUGGCUGUUCGGCACAAAUUUUUGUUGUUUGGGUCUUUUUGUUGUUUUCGUCCAAGAAUAGGAAUUUUCCUGCCCAAGACAGAUCUGGGUCUCUCUCAUUUUCUCUCUCUUGGAGCUUGUUUGAUCUCUAAGGUGCUAGAUUUUCCCUCUAUUUUCUCAGUUUUCUGUAAUGAAUGUGUUUUAUUUUAUGCAAAUAUACAUAUAGUCUUUUGUUGUUGUGCUGUUGUUUAAGCUCAAAGGUGCAAUCUCUAUGCGUUUUGUGAUGAUGGACUGUGGGGUUUUGAGGUUUUCAAUCUGGGUGUUGUUGGUAUUGAAUCUGGCAUGUUGUUCUAGAGGGUUUGAUCCUGUUGAUCAGUAUUAUAUAAACUGUGGAUCGUCCAGUGAUGUUGUUGUGGGUAAUGUUACUUAUGUGGCUGAUAAAUCAGCUUCCAGAUUACUUUCAACUCCACAAGACAUUUUGGCCGAUAGCAAAUUGAAUUCUAUAACACCGUCUGAGAAUUCCCAGCUGUUUAGUACUGCUAGAAUUUUUACGGGGCCGUCUAGGUAUACAUUUUCUAUUAAGCAGGGUGGGAGACAUUGGAUUCGCCUGUACUUUUAUCCGUUUGUUUACCAGAGUUAUGAUAUGAACUCUGCUAGUUUCUCUGUGUUCUCCCAGAAGACUACUCUGCUUAGCGAUUUUAGCCCCAGAAAUGCUUCUGUUAGAGAAUAUUCAGUGAAUGUGGGGAGUGGAGACCUGGUGAUCACAUUUUCCCCUAAGGCUAAUUCAUUUGCAUAUGUUAAUGCAAUGGAAGUUGUCUCGGUACCAGAUGCCCUGAUAGAUCAUGAUGCCCCUCUUUUCAAUCCACCUGGGACUUUUAAUGGAUUGGUAACUCAGGCUCUAGAGACAGUUGCUAGGGUAAAUAUGGGUGGACCGUUGGUGUCGCCAGUGAACGAUACUUUGGGUCGAACCUGGGUGUCUGAUAGUAGUUUCUUGUUGCAAUCAAACGUUGCAACUAAUGCGUCCAACAUUCCAGCUGUUCGGUAUCCUCAAGGUGGUGCAACUUCAGAUACUGCUCCACAAACAGUAUACGGGACGUGCACGAGGAUGAAUUCUGCGGAUGAUCCCAAUAGCAACUUUAAUGUGACAUGGGGAUUUAAAGUGGAACCAGGCUUUCAGUACUUAAUCCGGUUGCACUUCUGUGACAUUGUGAGUACAUCAGCUAAUCAGCUCGUCUUUAAUGUUUACAUUGGUACAUUUCUUGUUGCUCCAGAUCUUGAACUUAGUGCAAAAUUUUUCGGGCGUUUGGCUACUGCAUAUUAUAUGGAUUUUGUUACCCCAACAAUGGAUAGAAAUAACCUGACCGUAAGUAUCGGUCCAUCUCCUAGAAGUGCUUACCCUGAUGCCAUUCUCAAUGGGUUGGAGAUCAUGAAAAUGAACAAUUCUAAGGACAGCCUAGCUGGGGAGUCAAUCCUUCCUAGAUUUCCACGCUCCAAGAAGAAUGUCGGAAUGAUUGUGGGUAUAAGUGUUGGGGUGUCGCUUGCUUUGAUAGUGGUUGGAGUUCUAUUUUUUGUGCACAGAAGAAGGAAACAAGAACAACUCGCCCAUUCAAAAACCUGGAUUCCUAUAUCCAUUAAUGGUGGAACCUCUCACACUAUGGGCAGUAAAUAUUCAACUGCGACAACGGGUAGUAUCAAUUCUAACUUGAGCUAUCGCAUCCCGUUCGCAGCAGUUCAAGAAGCGACUAACAACUUUGAUGAAAGUUGGGUAAUUGGAAUUGGUGGCUUUGGGAAGGUCUACAAGGGGGUUCUAAAUGAUGGUACAAAAGUAGCUGUUAAGAGAGGGAAUCCUAAGUCCCAACAAGGCCUAGCAGAAUUCAGAACUGAAAUUGAAAUGCUUUCGCAAUUCCGUCAUCGCCACUUGGUUUCUCUAAUUGGCUACUGCGAUGAAAAGAAUGAGAUGAUUCUAGUUUACGAAUACAUGGAAAAUGGCACCCUCAAGAGUCAUCUCUACGGAUCUAAUCUUCCCAGUUUAGGUUGGAAGGAGAGACUCGAGAUAUGCAUUGGAGCAGCAAGAGGACUGCACUAUCUUCACACCGGCUACGCCAAAGCCGUUAUUCAUCGGGAUGUGAAGUCAGCAAACAUAUUGCUCGAUGAGAAUCUUAUGGCUAAGGUUGCUGAUUUUGGUCUUUCCAAAACUGGCCCCGAGAUUGAUCAAACCCAUGUUAGUACUGCCGUUAAAGGCAGUUUCGGUUACCUAGAUCCAGAGUAUUUCAGAAGGCAACAGCUGACAGAAAAAUCAGAUGUUUAUUCAUUUGGUGUCGUGUUGUUUGAAGUUCUUUGUGCCAGGCCUGUGAUAGAUCCAUCUCUUCCUCGGGAAAUGGUCAACUUAGCUGAAUGGGCGAUGAAGUGGCAGAAGAAGGGUCAGCUAGAUCAAAUCAUAGAUCCUAAUCUUGCAGGAAAAAUAAAACCCGAUUCCCUCAGAAAGUAUGGAGAAACAGCAGAGAAAUGCUUGGCUGAUUUUGGGGUUGAUAGGCCCUCCAUGGGAGACGUCUUGUGGAAUCUCGAGUACGCGCUUCAACUUCAAGAAGCAGUGGUGCACAAUGAUCCUGAGGAAAACAGCACCAACGUCAUCGGCCAGCUCUCUCCACAAGUCGGUGAGUUCAAUAAUGUCGACACAAGCAAUUCUGUUGCUGGAUUCGAAACAUCAAGUGUGGAUGAUUUGUCGGGUGUUUCUAUGAGUAGAGUCUUCUCACAACUGGUAAAAUCCGAGGGUAGAUGAUUUCAUGCACAAGCAGGUAUAUAUACAUAUCAUACUUUCUGGCUUUUCUUGCGUUGCUGCUAUGUUUGAUCAUCAAUCAUAUGAAGAUUGAAUUCUUUUUCUUGUAACUUGCUUUGUUUCCAUAGCUUGCUGAGUUACUGUGGAGCUGUAUUUCGACUUAGUUUCAUUUCAAGUGAUAUACAUCAAUCCAUGUAAGUUAUUGUGUUGUAUGGUUGUGAUUCUGUGGUUGAUCAUCAAUCAUAUAUGGUAGAUGCAGAAUGGAAAUUUUGUGUUGCAUUGAAUACUUUGAUGAAAUCUUUUUAUUGCUAUUU